GUCGCUUUACAACUUUAUUUACUUAGAACGACGUCAAGAGAAAUUUCUACAAUACUUAUUGCAACUUUCUGAGCUACAAAUAAAUUUACAUUCAAUUAUAUUGUAAUUAAGGGAUAGAGUAAGCCAAAGCUGACAUCGCACAUUAGACUAAACAUAUAAAGUAAAUGUUUCGGAUAGCACAGACCAAACUCGGAUGCAACUUGUCUUAAUACUCUGUGCUUGUGUUGCUUUCACACAUUUUCGUUGGGCAGCUGUGACCUAGCUGUAAUUGCAAUUACGAUAGCAACAACAAGGAAAUACAAUUUGCGAGUUUUAUUUCAAGCAGCAGCUAUCGGGUCAAAAAUUAUUAAUCGAAAAUGUCCUCGUCGACGGCGUCCGGGUCAGCUUCCCGCAAGCAACCCACUGCCGUGUCGCGCAUGAAACAGGAUUACAUGCGUUUGAAGCGCGACCCUUUACCAUACAUCACCGCCGAGCCGCUGCCCAAUAACAUUUUGGAAUGGCACUAUUGUGUUAAAGGGCCGGAGGACUCGCCGUACUAUGGAGGAUACUAUCACGGCACACUGCUAUUUCCCCGGGAGUUCCCAUUCAAGCCACCAUCUAUUUAUAUGCUAACGCCGAAUGGACGCUUCAAAACAAAUACCAGACUGUGUUUAAGCAUUUCAGACUUUCAUCCAGACACAUGGAAUCCAACAUGGUGCGUGGGUACCAUACUGACAGGUCUGCUAAGUUUUAUGCUGGAGAGCACACCCACUCUGGGCUCCAUAGAGUCGACGAGCUAUGACAAGCAAAUGUUUGCCCAGAAAUCGCUUGCAUUUAACCUACGCAACGCCAACUUCUGCGAGCUCUUUCCGGAUAUUGUCAGCGAGAUAAAGUUACGCUUACAGGGCACUCAAGCAGCGGGCAGCGCGAGCAAACCAGGCACCAGCUCUUCUUCACGACCGAAUGGCUUGGCCAACGGCAGUGCCGUUCCGAAUGACAGCCACAAUAAAAAUGCCCGAAGUGCCAAUGGGCAGCUACCAUUGCCAAUGGAUGCCAGCACAAGUGAUGGGCGAUCUGCUGCCGCAGCGGCUGGCGCGGAUGCUGCCAAUGGGGGUGCUGCUGCUGUCAAAAACAACACACGUAAUUCCUAUUUAAAUUGGCAGUCGAUCUAUUCGAACCUGGUGAUUAUAAUCUGUUUUGCAAUAUUUGCACUCAUUGUUAAUUACGUGAUCAAGAACCUGAAUCAGGAAUAGACUUAAAUUAAACUUUCCGAUCUGCCCGCAGCUGUCGCGUUUCAUAUAUAUUAAAGAUCAAGUCCAACUUUACCUUCCACAAUCCAAUGCGCCACGCCCGGGAAGAGCUCAAGGAAUAACCAAAAUAGAACCUUGUGUGCACAGCUUGAAAAGUAUUUGCCGACACUGCUUACCCAAAAUAAAACACAAAGAAAAAUUU